GCUGUUUUUCAUAGCAAAUUUAGUGUACCAAACAGCUUAAACAUGGACGCAGAAAGUCAACAACUUAUUUCUGACUGCUUCCUGAAAACGAUCGUUAUUCCGCGAUCCACCAAUACACCAAUCGAACCUCCGCCAACCAAACAACCGGUGAAGGCGGAACUGCAGGUGCUCCGACUGAAAGAUGAAUCGCAGAACCUCAUUAUGGAUACGCUCCGGGCGAUACAUGGAGAAUCGUUUCAACUGGGCGAUAUUUCAAAGUACGAGGAUAAAGGCGGCCGGAUGAAGAAAGGGUUCUGGCAAGAUCGUGGCAAUUUGAUCAUUCAAGGGGGAAUCGAUUUCUCGAACGCUCCACGGACCGGAAACAGUAACGAAGACAAGUUCCGCAUGUACGCCAUCAUGAAACUCCAUAGCUACGGCUUCCAUCGUUCGCACUGCGAGGAGGCACUGGAGCACCACAAUGGAGAUAUCGACAAAGCGUUAUCGCUGCUAUUUUCGAAGUACUUUCCUCCACCUUCCGAUUUGCAGCUCCCGCCGGCUGAAUACAACGAUGAUGAACUCAGCACCAUGCGUGCGGAUGAGCGGGAAGCUCUGGAAUCGAUCUACGAUAAACUGUUUAUUGAGAAAGAACGGAACCGAGUGUGGCAGCUGAAGUUCAAAAUCGAUCACUUGCUAGUGCACAGUCCAUCGGAGAGGAAAAAGCAAGCUGAACGAGAAAAACAGCAGGCCGAGGAAGAGAGGCGUCGGCAGUUGGAUGCACUGGCAAAGAAAAAGAAAGUAAAGAAGGAAAAAUGUUGGAACUUUUCCAAAGGCAAGUGUCGCUAUGGCAAUCGAUGCUAUUAUUCGCACGAAACGGAUGAAACGCAACCUGGCGAGGAAAAGAAGAGUGACAAAAAAGGUGACAAAGCAGCUGACGAGGAUCCGAAUGUGUUCUUUUUAGAGGUGCGUUUCGAUCCCGGCAACCGGUACCCUUUCGAGCGCCCGGUACUGUUGCUGAAAACCACAUGUUCCGACAUUCCGGAACAGUUGUGCCUUCGUGUGAACCGUCGCUUAGUUCAAGAGUGUGUCGAAUUGACCCGGGAUGGAAUGCCGUGCAUUUAUACGGUGGCCGAGCUGCUACAAAACGAUGAAGAAAUAGGUCAGUACAUCGAGCAAGAUCGCUAUCAGUUCCCAGAUGCACGCCGGUCAAUUUUUUACGAGCCCGAGCAGGAUACUGGCGAAGAAGUGAAGACGGGUGAACUGGCAACGCACCAUCAGCGGGGCACAACCGGUCGACAGACUGGUCCCCGUAUGGAUGUAGAGCAACUGCUAAAGGAAGAUCGUAACAUCGUGCGUAAGUUCAUGGACAAACAAACGAAUGGCGCCUACAAGGAUAUGCUUAGGAACCGACGAAACUUGCCAGCGUGGGCAAAGAUGGGUGAAAUUAUCGCCCUAAUGGAGUCGCAUCAGAUACUCGUCGUCAGUGGUGAAACGGGUUGCGGAAAGUCAACACAAGUGCCUCAGUUCCUGCUGGACAAUUGGUUGCUGCAAUCGUCGAAACUGGAACCCAACCAAAAGAUGCGUCACGUAGAGAUUAUAUGCACGCAACCGAGACGUCUGUCCGCGAUCGGUGUGGCGGAACGGGUGGCAGAGGAGCGCAAUGAGAAAAUUGGCAAUACGGUCGGCUAUCAGAUAAGGCUGGAGAACAAAAUAUCUUCCUCUACAAGGCUUACCUUCUGCACCACGGGUAUCCUCCUGCGACGGCUACAGUCCGAUCCAACGUUAUCCACCGUGACGCACAUCAUAGUAGACGAGGUGCACGAGCGCAGUGAAGAGUCCGACUUUUUACUUCUGAUCCUGAAGGAACUGCUUACGCAGCGCACCGAUCUGAAGGUUAUUCUGAUGUCGGCCACGCUAAACUCGAACCUGUUCUCUAGCUACUUUAGUGACGUGCCGGUGUUGGAUAUUCCCGGUCGCACAUUUCCCGUCGAGCAGGUGUUUUUAGAGGACAUUUUAGAGCGCAGUGGCUUUGUGAUGGAGCCUGACUCUCAGUACUGUCGAAAGCUACGCAAAGGAGAGCAUGAGAUGCUGCUUCAAGAAAUGGAGUAUUCCGACGUCCAAGCAUCCAACGUGUUACCGGCGAAAACGAUACGUGAUGAGAACCUUAAAAUGGCCGAUAUGUUUGCACGCUAUUCCGAAUAUUCGAAGCAAACGUGCAAGAUGCUUUACCUCAUGGACCCCCUCAAGAUCAACCCGGAGCUGAUCGAGCACGUGCUGACGUACAUCGUGGACGAUAACGCUCACAGCUGGCCCAAGGAAGGAUCGAUAUUGAUCUUCCUACCUGGUUUGGCAGAGAUCCAAACGAUGCACGAAGCGCUUAGCGAGAGCAGGUUGUUUGGCCCACGUGGCGAUCGAUUCGUGCUGAUCCCGCUACACUCGAUGCUCACGAACGAGGAGCAAGCGCUCGUCUUCCGGAAACCCCCGAAGGGCAAGCGUAAGAUUGUACUUAGCACCAACAUCGCGGAAACGUCCGUCACCAUCGAUGACUGCGUGUUCGUGAUCGACUGCGGGCAGAUGAAAGAGAAACGGUUCGACUCCAACCGCAACAUGGAAUCGCUCGAGAUGGUGUGGGUAUCGCGGGCCAAUGCACUUCAGCGAAAGGGUCGUGCCGGCCGUGUGAUGCCCGGCGUCUGUAUCCACCUGUACACGAGACCUCGGUUUACGAACCACAUUCUCGGUCAACCGGUGCCCGAAAUACACCGCAUCCCGCUGGAACCAUUGCUGUUGCGCAUCAAAACGCUUCCAACGCUGCAGGACCGUCCCAUGGAUGCGGUUCUUGGUGCGACCAUCGAACCACCAAGUGUAGAAAACAUUCAGGCGGCCAAGAAACGCCUGAUCGAUGUGGGCGCCCUGGACCUUGAGGAACAGCUUACGCCACUCGGACACCAUCUGGCCGCGCUGCCCGUAGAUGUGCGGAUAGGCAAGCUGAUGCUGUUCGGAGCGAUCUUCCAGUGCCUCGACAGUGUGCUCACGAUCGCGGCUAUUCUCAGCUACAAGAGUCCCUUCGUGUCACCGUUCAGCAAGCGAGACGAAGCGGAUAAUCGCAAGCGACAGUUUGCGAUAGCCAACAGCGACCACCUGACGAUGCUUAGUGCAUAUCGCCGGUGGAUGGAGGCGGCUCAGCGUAGCCGUUACGCCGGCCAGUGCUUCGCCGAGGAAAACUACCUCUCGGGGAAAACUCUCUCCACGAUCGGUGAUAUGAAGUACCAGUUUCUUGAGCUGCUCGUGUCCAUCGGGUUCGUGCCGAUUGACCUAUCGGGGCGAAGCCGGGCGAAACGGCAGCAGCUGGAGGACCUGGCGCAGCUGACCGGUUCGGAGCUGAACGUGAACGGAGCGAACAAUCGACUGCUGGCGGCGAUCCUCUGCGCCGCCCUCUACCCGAACGUUGUGAAAAUUCUUACACCGGAGAAAAGCUUCGUUUCGAGUGGGAGUGGUGCCGUUCCACGCCUGCCCCAGGCAUCCGAUCUGCGCUUCAAAACGCAAGAGGACGGUUACGUCAGUCUCCAUCCGUCUUCGAUAAACGCCAACGUGGGCUACUUCGGAUCGCCGUUCCUAGUGUAUCAGGAGAAGGUUAAAACGUCGCGAAUUUUCAUCCGUGAGUCCACCAUGGUGCCGCUGCUGCCGAUGGUGCUUUUCUCCGGCAGUGACUUACAGAUCGAGCUGCACGGUGGCGACUUUGUUAUUCUGCUCGAAGGCGGCUGGCUAAUGGUGCAAGCGGCCACCCAUCAGAUCGCCGAGAUGAUGAAGUUCCUACGGCUGGAGUUGGCCAAAAUGCUUGAGCUGAAGAUUAGCGAUCCGUUGUUGAACCUCUUGCACCAUGAACAUGGAAAACGGAUCAUCGAAACUAUAGUGCACCUCAUCAGCAAGGAAUAGAUUGUGCGAUAUUUUGAUAAGUUCAGUCUUUACUAAGUACGUGCGCAAUGUAUAAUGUUUAUAUGUACAAUUACUAAUAACUAAAAUUUAUAAUAAAAACAAAAUGUUACAUUUUUAUACUGUUCGUUUCCAUCACUAUUAAGUAUAUCAAACCAUGUAUGGUAGUUUAUUUACGAAUAUUCCUCAAUUUCGCAAUAAAAAAAAGGAUGCUUCACUUUUAUUCGCAUGUUAGCAUGCAUGCAAAAAAAAACCAUAAAC